AUGACGGAGCAACGAGUCCCUACCAAGAGGGAGUUCCUAAGCCUGGUGAUGUCUACGUUUGACCCGAAUGGGUUCCUGAGCUGCUACAUGGUGACUGCCAAACUGCUGCUGAGGGAGAUUUGGCGGAGAGGAGUCAACUGGGAUGAGCCGCUACCGGAUGAAUUGGCCGCAGCCUUCGAGGAUUGGCGGCAAGGGAUGAGUCUGAUCCAGGAGUUCCGAUGCCCGCGCCACUACUUUGGCGGCGGACGAGUGCGGACGCUACAGCUGCACAUCUUCGUGGACUCCAGUCAAUCGGCGUUCGCAGCAGCGGCCUACUGGCGGGCCACGUACGAGAACGGAGACGUGCAGGCGCACUUCAUAAGCUCCAAAACGAAAUGCGCCCCGAUGAGGACCAUGUCGAUCCCGCGACUUGAACUCCAAGCAGCGGUAUUGGGCACGAGAUUGAUGGACACCGUCAAGCAGGAGCACGGUGUGGCGAUCAGCAGCUCUGCGCUAUGGACGGACUCUAAGACUGUGUUGCACUGGACAAGCAACACCCACCGGAGAUACAAACAGUUCGUCGGAAACCGGGUGGCGGAGAUUUUGGAAUCGACAGAGGCGUCCCAGUGGAUAUGGAUCCCGUCCGCCGAAAACGUGGCGGAUGACGCGACAAGGCCGCGCAAGGCCGUGGACCUGAGCAUCGGUUCGCGAUGGCUAAGCGGACCGCCGUUUCUACGAGGACCAGAGGAGAGCUGGCCGAGAUCGAGCGAGGACUGGAUUCCUCCGACGACCGACGACGAGGAAAUGAAAUGUGAGUUUGCCUUGGUCACGGUAAACUUUAUAUCCCUGCAGAGGUUCUCCAGCUAUAAUCGACUGGUGAGGACGACUGCGUGGGCGCUCAGAUUUGUUCGACGAUGCCGUGGAAUACGUCGCGAUGAAGAGGUCUACGGAUUGACCGCGAUCGAGUGCGCUGAAUCAGAACGCGCAUUGAUACGGCAGUCGCAGCGAGAAGCGUUUGCUGAGGACAGCCAAGGAAACGUCGCCAAGGACAGCCGACUGCACGGACUGUCCCCAUACCUUGACGAGGACGGAGUAUUGAGAGCCAGUGGAAGGAUCGACGACGCGACCAACACCAAGAAAAGAUGUGCCACCGAAACACGGAGGCGACGAUCGGAUCGAUUCGGAGCAAGUUCUGGAUAA